GCCGAGCCGAGCCGGGCAGGGCAGGGCAGGGCAGGGUAGGGUGGCGAUGGUGCCGCUGGGGCAGCGUAGCCCCCCGCCCGGCGCGGCCGGGGACCUGGCGGCGCUGGCCGAGUUGGACGAGGCGGCGCUGCUGGCGGGGCUGCGGGAGCGCUUCCUGCAGCAGCGCAUCUACACCGACAUCGGAGACAUCCUCGUCGCCAUGAACCCCUUCCAGCCGCUGCCGCUCUACGGGAGAGAGGUCUCUGAGCGGUACCGGCGCCUCCAGAACGACCCGCUGCCGCCCCACAUCUUCGCCGUGGCCAGCCGCGCCUACCACGCCAUGCUGGGCCGCGGCGGCGGCGGACCCCGCAACCAGUGCAUCCUCAUCAGUGGAGAGAGUGGUGCUGGAAAAACAGAGAGUACAAAGUUGUUGUUGCAGCACAUAAUGAACCUAUGCAAAGGCAACUCACAGCUGGAGCAGCAGAUACUUCAGGUGAAUCCCUUACUUGAAGCUUUUGGCAAUGCCCAGACAGUGAUGAAUGACAACAGCAGCCGCUUUGGAAAAUACAUACAGCUGCGUUUCCAGAAAAAUACAGUGCAAGGUGCAAAGCUGAGUGAGUACCUGCUAGAGAAGUCACGGGUGGUACGACAAGAUACUGGGGAGAGGAAUUUCCACAUCUUCUACUACAUGUUUGCUGGUCUGUCUUCAGAGCAGAAGGAGAUGUAUGGGCUAUUGGAUCCUUCGCUCUACAGGUACAUAAGUGGACGAUUUGGUACACAGGAAGUAGCUGAACAUUGGAAGCACAAAUACCAAGAGGUUUGCAAUGCCCUUGACAUGGUGGGCUUCCAAGAACAGGAGCAAGUGGACAUGCAGGCUAUCUUGGCUGGUGUCUUGUCUCUGGGCAAUGUGACCUUUGAGCCUGAGGAGAGCAAUGGGUCUGUGAAGGUCAGUGAGGCCUCCCAGGGAUGGCUGAAGGCUGCAGCGGGUCAGUUUGGAGUCCAGGAAGAUGAGCUGUUAAAAUGCCUGAUUUGUACAACGUCAGUGACCCGAGGCGAGCAGAUCCAGCGCUUUCACACCCAGCAGCAGGCAGAAGAUGCUCGGGACUCCAUUGCAAAGGUGGCCUAUGGCCGAGUGUUUGGCUGGAUUGUCUGCAAGAUCAAUGAGCUGCUGGCUGAGAACGUGGAUCCUGACGUGGAACUGAGGGAGAUAGGCAUCUUGGAUAUUUUUGGCUUUGAAAACUUUGCAGUGAAUCGUUUUGAACAGCUUUGCAUAAACUUGGCCAAUGAGCAGCUGCAGCAUUUCUUCAACCAUCACAUUUUCCAGCUGGAGCAGGCUGCCUAUAAGGAAGAAGGGCUGCCUUGGGAGACCAUUACAUUCAACAAUAAUGAACCUAUUCUGAAUCUGCUCCUGGCCAAGCCACUUGGACUGCUGUCUCUUCUGGAUGAGCAGAGUGCAUUCCCUCAGGCAACUGAUAAGACAUUUGUGGAUAAACUAAACAGCAGCUUUAAGGGGAAUUUACACUUCCAGCCAGCCCGAGGCCGUGUUUUGGGAUUCAGCAUCAUUCACUAUGCUGGGAAAGUACAAUAUGCUGCCAGGGGCUUUCUAGAGAAGAACAGAGACACCGUGCCAGCCAACGUCCGUGGGCUCUUCAUCAACAGUGUCACCCCCUUGCUCAGCGUGCUGUUCACAGCCACUAUCUCCAGGACAGGGACCCUGAUGCCUCAUGUGAAAGCCAAGGUCAUACCAGGAGCAGAUGACAAGUUCAACAGCACACGGAAGCAGUCUGCUGGGGCUCAGUUCCGGCAUUCCCUGAUGGUGCUCAUGGAGAGGAUGUACUCUGCCAACCCACACUUUGUGCGCUGCAUAAAGCCCAACAGCCAGAAGGAGCCAGGUGUGCUGGACAACCAGGUGGUGCUGCUGCAGCUGCGGUACAAUGGGCUGCUGGAGACAAUCCGUAUCCGAAGAGAUGGUUUCUCCUGGAGACCCUCCUUUGAGGAAUUUGCUGAAAGAUAUGGAAUUCUUCUAGUUAAACCUGGUGUCCCCCUCACAAAAGAAAGCUGCUUGGAGAUACUGCAAAGUACAGAGCUGAAAGGCUGGAUUUGUGGAAAGUCUCGACUUUUCUUUAAAUAUUGGCAUCAGGAACAGCUGGCAAAGUAUGUGGAGCGACUGGAAAGAGCAGCAGUUAUCAUACAGAAAGUUUUUAGAGGAUUCAGAUGCAAGAAGAGUUUCCUAAAACUGUUGGCUGAGCUGAGAGCUCAAGCACAGCGGCUACAGGAGGAGGCAGAGAGAGAAAAAAAACAGCAGCUGUCACUGGCAACUGAGGCCCAGGAAAGAAACUCCCUUCCAGUCCCCAUGCCACGAAAGAGGCGCCCUCAGUCUAGUCCUCAUCCUUCUGGUCAGUCACAGCAGCCACCAGUGCCACGGCCACGCAGCAAACUGACAGAGUCCACUCCUUUUGAUAACUUCUUGAGCCCUGCUGUGCCUCCUCCUGUUCUGGGAGCUGAGGAACAGACUGGGGAAGAAGCAAAAAUGAGGAAACUCAAGAGAGGAGCAACUCUCCGCUGGUUCACAGAGACACAGGCCCAGAAGGUCAUGCAGGAUGAUGGGGCCUUUCCAAGCUGGCUGCAUGGGAUGAUCAGUCGGAGGGAAGCUGAAAACUUGCUGAUUGACAAGCCUUUGGGUUGCUUCCUUGUUCGGAUCAGCCAGAGCCGACCAGGCUACAUCCUGACAUACCGGGGCGAGGGGCGCUGCAGGCACUACAUGGUCCAGGCGCAGCCCAACGCACGCUACGUCAUCCUGGGGGAGGACCGGGCCCACGCCUCGCUCACCAAGCUGGUGCGCUACCACCAGCACGUGGGCAUCCAGCCCUUCAUGGAAAUACUGACUGUGCCCUGUGGCCAGAAAGGUACUGAGAGCCUGAAUUACAAAAAUCUGGAGAAUCUCACACUGAGUUCACCAGCAGACAAGGAGGAGACCCCUUCAGAGAAGCAGUCCUGCCCCUCCAUGCUCUCCAGUGGCACACCUGCUCUGCAGUGGUUCAGGAGAGCCAAGAAUUUCCAAAACCAGCAGACCCCAGACAAGAGUAGAGCAAAGCCUAGCUCUGGAGAGAGCAGCCAACGAGCCUUCCCUCGCCUCCGCUCUUCCAUACGCCUGGCAAUGCAGGAAAUCCAGCAGUUCACUUCCACUCCCAUGAACAUGUCUAGAGAGGGGAGCUCACUGCACUGAGGACGUACAGCCCGGCUGACACGUGAAAGAAGAAAUGGAAAUUCCCUGGAAUCAUCUGAUUUCUUUGAGGAAGCAUCACAGGACAUGGGAAGAAGCAUGUUUGUGCUGAGGGCUCCAAGAAGAGGUGCCUUUUUUCCAUUUUUCCUCAAGAUCAGUGCAAUCAGCUUGUCUAGUGCACGCAUGGUGUGACUGUGUGUAGCUCCUGUGCUCUGCUGCAAGCACAGGCCAUUCCUCUGGUUCUGGGGUGAAGGAAACCUGGCUGCUUUUCAUCCAGAUGGCUAAUGGCUGGGGCAGGGGACAGCGCUGCUAACACUGCAUCAAAGGCUUAAUGAAUUCCAAAAUCAUGUGCUCCACGUGACAGCACUAAUGCUUCCCUUCAGAGGCUCAUUUGGGAUUUGGUUAAAAACACAUUUUCCUGACAAGUUCCCAGAGCUUGUUACUGCUCUUUUGAUCCUGUUAUCCCCUCAUGGUCCUGCUGCAGGAGGCAGGGGCUGGGUCUCCAUAGGGCUGGGCACUCUGUGGGCCCCACGGCUGUCUCUGGGCAUUAGCCUUGCCAUGGGCACCAGAGCAAGGAGAGCAACUCAAGGAAUCACAGGGAACAUGGGACUCCAGACUCUGUGCUGCGAGUUCCUCGGAUUUUUUGCUGGGGCUUGCCUUGUCCGGUUUUUCUCAGACAGAUUGUUGCUGUCUGUAGAAGAUACAGUUAGAGAAAGAGGCUGCUUUGCAGUUUAAUAAUAAAUGGCCCAGGUUUCCCUGCAGCAUGUGCAGAUGACUUUGCAGUUGUUCAGGUUUUGUAAUAAGCACCUGGUGUUUUAUGCCCAGGAUGGCCAAACUCGGUGUGAUGUGAAGCUUUUCUGCUUCCUCUUCUCUCACAUAUGUAUUAAAUAUAUGUUUAUAUUUUAAAUUAUCACAUUUUUCUCUGGUCUUUCAGCAGUUUUGGUGAUUAGCAUCUUCGUUCAAUGUUACCUUCCUAUUGGUUUGCUUCACACUGACUUGGUACACUUUGUGCAUGGUCAGAUUAUGCUUGAUCGAGUCGUUCCCUGCCUCUCUCAGCCCAAAACUGCCCAGUUGCUCUUCUUUUGCCUCCUCUAUAUAAACUCUAACCCUUCCUGUAAGGGCUGCUGCCAAAGGAGAUGGCUGAUCUAGCUGGGCUUGUGUAGGAGAGGAGAAUCUACUGUUUGCAGAGUUUUUCUUUGGUAGCUGGGGAUUGUCUUUUGUCUUUAAUUUUAUAGCAUGAACUUUGACUUGGCAGAGUCCUCUCUGUGUCAUCCUCUUAGGAGGUGAAGAGUGGAGCUUUUUGGAUGGAAGAAUGUCAGUCUAGAUCAAAUGCAAAAGAUCUUCAUUGCUCUUGAGUCUUUCAGAACAGGAGUGGAUAUAGCACUGAGAAGUGCUUCUGCAGGGAAAGGUAGAUAAAUUGGGGCAGUAAGUCACAGCCCUGUGAUUGCCCAACUUAAUGACACUUAAUUUGUUGUUGCUAAGUGUUUUGCUGACUGUUUUUCCCCUUGUAAGAAAAUGGGAUCUUAUGUGUCAGACAAAUAAUAUGCUGCAAGACUAUGCGGGAUACGGAAAUUAUCUGCAUCUGAUGGAAUUAAACUGUACUCUCUGCAUUCCUGUUGUAAUUAUACCUGUUAGAGAGGAGCCUCUGUGUAACACAAAGGUCUAAUUAAACUGCAGCCAGGAAAGAACUUGUCCGUUCAUGGUGUAUCAAGUUCACAAGAGACCACAGAACCACUUGGCCAGAAGUCUGUGGUGGCCCAGGGGAAGGCUUUCAUGUAGUCCUCACAUAAUGCAAGGCCUCCAGCCAGGUGGACUCUGGGGGUGUGUUGGCUUUGCUGCUAACCCUUGGCUCAUCCCACCUCAUUUUCUGUCUUCUCAGACUGUCCACUUGAGACUUGGAUGGUGCCUCAGCCUCUGCAAAGUGCCUGGGGCUGCCCCCGACCUGGGGACACUCUCCUUUCCUGGUGGCUCUGAGCAGCAGCGGGAAUUGGUUCCUCUCUCCUGCACUGUUCAGAACAUCUGCCCUCCUUCUGCUCCCUGGGCAGCCGGGAGAGGCUGCCUGCUGUCCCUCUCUCUGCUGGGAGCAUGCUGCUGCCAGGGCUGCACAGCCCUGUGCUCUGCCUGGGCUUUGCCACUCUCCUG